AUGGCAAACCCAGAGCAGGGAAACCAAACGUCUAUCACAGAAUUCAUCCUCCUAGGAUUCGGAGACCUCCCAGAACUGCAGAUUCUUCUCUUCCUGCUGUUCCUAGUGAUCUACAUCACGACCAUGACCGGGAACAUCCUCAUCAUGGCACUAGUUGUGGCUGAUCAGCACCUUCAUACCCCCAUGUACUUCUUCCUGGGGAACUUGUCCUGCUUGGAGACCUGCUACACCUCCACCAUCCUGCCCAGGAUGUUGGCCGGUCCCCUGACUGGGGACAGGACUAUUUCAUUCAAUGGGUGCGUCGCACAAUAUUAUUUAUUUGGUUCUCUUCUUGCUACAGAAUGCCUUCUCCUGUCGGUGAUGUCUUACGAUCGGUAUUUAGCAAUAUGCAAUCCACUGCACUAUGCAGCCCGUAUGAGUGGCAGGGUCUGCCUCCAGCUUGCAGGUGGCUCUUGGAUAGGUGGCUUCCUAGGUAAUAGCAUAACAACGUUGUCAAUAUCUCAGUUAACAUUCUGUGGCCCCAAUGGUAUUGAUCAUUUUUUUUGUGAUCUCAUCCCUGUUGUAAAGCUUUCCUGCAAUGACCCUCACCUGAUGGAAACGUUGGCUUUCAUACUCAGCUUCCUUUUCGCUCUUGUCCCGUUCCUGCUUACCUUGAUGUCCUACAUCUGUAUCAUCACCACAAUCCUGAGAAUCCCGUCCACCACUGGAAGGCAGAAGGCCUUUUCCACCUGCUCCUCCCACCUCAUUGUGGUGAGCAUUUAUUAUGCAACUCUGCUGAUUGUCUACAUGUUUCCAACCACAGACAUCUUGAAUGACUUCAAGAAAGUUCUCUCUGUUGUCUAUGCUGUCCUCACUCCCCUGAUCAAUCCACUCAUCUACAGCCUGAGAAACAAAGAGGUCCAGGAGGCCCUGAGGAAAGCUUGCAGGAAAUUCAUGCUUGGACUACGUUAA